CAAGCAGCAGCAUGGCCGCCACCAACACCAAUGGAGCCGGUGCUGUCGGUCCGGAGCCUUUCAUGAGGAGCGCCGAGGCCUUGCCGGCGAUCCCCGUCGAGGGCCUCACCGACGACCCCAAGCUGUGGGUGUGCUUCUACCAGGGCACCUGGGUGCUGGCGACCGUCGUGCCCGGGAUCAUCUCCAUCCAGCGGAGCUUCGCCCCGCGGCGCGGCGACGUCGUCCUCGCGAGCCCUCCCAAGUCCGGCACCACGUGGCUCAAGGCCCUGGCGUUCGCCACCAUGGCGCGCGGCGCGUACCCGCCGGCCGACGCCGGGCACCCGCUGCUCCGCCUCAACCCGCACCAGUGCGUCCCGUACAUGGAGAGUCUGUUCACCGCCGGCAAGGAGGGCGCCAUGGAGGCGCUGCCGUCGCCGAGGCUCAUGUCGACGCACAUGCACCACUCCAUCCUCCCCACCUCCAUCACCAAGAACCCAGCUGACUGCAAAAUCAUCUACAUAUGCAGGGAUCCCAAGGACACGCUUGUUUCUUUCUGGCACUUCGUCAGAAAAGUCAAUCCCAACAUCUCGUUCUCCGACAUGUUCGAGGCUGCCUGCAACGGCACGUCCGUGUGCGGGCCCAUCUGGGACCAUGUCCUAGGAUACUGGAACGCGAGCAAGGCGAGCCCGGAGACGGUGCUGUUCCUGAGGUACGAGGACAUGCUGCGCGACCCCGCCGGCAACGCCAGGAAGCUGGCGCGGUUCGUCGGGCAGCCGUUCUCGCCGGCCGAGGAGGAGGCGGGGGUCGUCGCGCAGAUCGUGAGGCUCUGCAGCAUCGAGAAGCUGAAAAGCCUAGAGGUGAACAACACCGGCUCGUACGGGUCCCCCUUCGCGAAUGACUGGUACUUCAGGAGGGGAGGGACAGGGGACUGGGCGAACCACAUGACGCCGGACAUGGCAAGGCGUCUGGACGCCAUUGUCGAGGAGAAGCUCGGUGGAUCAGUGUAA